UCUUCUUAAAGAACAAAUCGUAAAACAAACGCGUCGAGACCUUUCCCCCAAAUUCAAAUAAAAACCCUAAUUAUCUAAUUGGAAUCUCCACCGAUAGAUCUGAAUCGAUUUUCAACAUGGGCAACACAGACAAGCUGAUGAAUCAGAUAUUCGACCUGAAGUUCACGUCCAAGUCUCUCCAGAGGCAGUCGAGAAAGUGCGAGAAGGAGGAGAAGGCAGAGAAGCUCAAGGUUAAGAAGGCGAUCGAGAAGGGGAACAUGGACGGAGCUCGGAUCUACGCCGAGAACGCGAUCCGCAAGCGUAGCGAGCAGAUGAACUACCUCCGCCUCGCUUCUCGCCUCGACGCUGUUGUGGCUCGCUUGGACACUCAGGCGAAGAUGGCUACCAUCACCAAAUCGAUGACUAACAUCGUCAAGUCCCUUGAGUCUUCCCUUGCCACAGGCAACCUACAGAAGAUGUCAGAGACGAUGGAUUCAUUUGAGAAGCAGUUUGUGAACAUGGAGGUGCAAGCUGAGUUCAUGGAGAACGCAAUGGCUGGUUCGACAUCAUUGUCAACUCCGGAAGGCGACGUCAACAACCUGAUGCAGCAGGUGGCAGAUGACUACGGUCUUGAAGUCUCUGUUGGACUUCCUCAGGCUGCUGGCCAUACCAUCCCUACUGCUACAGAGGAGAAAGUCGAUGAGGAUGAUCUGUCAAGGAGGCUUGCAGAACUCAAGGCCAGAGGAUGAACUAUCUGCCACUUACGACGAGAUCCUUAUCGAAAUGUUGCUACUAUUAUCUGCGAACACUGACGCAUUUGUGUAUAUUGCUCACUUUUGAGACUUGCUUUGUCUACUAACUUUAUAUUAAAAUAUUUGUGUUUGUUUUACCACUUCAAUGAUAUGAGUUUGUGCAACAAAAAAGUAACAUCCUUAU